UAAAAAAAAAAUGAAAGUAGAAGGAGCUCACCAAUUGGUAAGGUAUUCCUCGUCGCAUAUUUUAUUCGCAAGCAACUUUGAAUGUUAACAUAAUUGCCGCCUUGAAAUGAGUCGAGAUACCGCUGUGCCUACGCUAACCCUUAUCAGAUUUGAUUCCUCUAGGUAAUCCCCCGCGUUGAGCCGUGAAUCGAAACAAACUUGUCUAGCUAGAACAGUUGCAGUUCCCGCUGCGUCGAAACAAGACUAUACAGCUCGAUUGAUUGAGAUUCUCAAACACUUGAAAUGAGUUUUAUCACGAAGUCAUCGCUGUUUGGAUUACUCAUAGUGGCCUUACCGAUCGCGUCCUACCACUGCGGCAUUCGGAAACAUGACUUCGCCCAACUGGUGCACCGUGGCUGGAAAGUGGAAGAAGGCCAGUGGCCAUGGUACGGGGCCAUCUUCCACCGGCAGCCGCCCAACGGCAACCUUUUGUACGUCUGCGGAGGAAGCCUGUUGAGCGAGAAGCACCUCUUGACGGCUGCGCACUGCGUUGUCAACCGGAAAACCAAACUUCCGUGGCCGGUAGCUCUGCUCGAGAUUCAUCUAGGGCAGAAGAACCUAUCGGUGGUCACGGACCAGGUGCAGAUUCGGGAUGUGAGCAAGAUCUACGUCCAUCCGGAGUAUUCAACCCAUCGGAACGACAUAGCGAUGCUGGUGAUGAGACUUGCCGUGGCCUAUACGGACUUUGUCAUUCCGGCCUGCAUCGAUCAGAGGGCGGACCGGGACCUGAGGGAUCUUGAAGGCCAGCUCGGGUGGGUUGCCGGCUGGGGCACAACGGAGAUGCGGAACGUUUCGGAUGUUCUCCGGAUGGCGUCACUGCCGGUGGUGAGUUAUCUGGCUUGCACCAAGAACGAUGCGGGACUGUUCGCGAGGUUGGUCAGCGAGACCGUAUUCUGCGCCGGAGAUCUGAAUGGAACCAGUCCCGGGACGGGCGACAGCGGUGGCGGAAUGUAUUUCAACGAUGGUGACCGAUGGGUCCUCAGAGGGAUAGUUUCUUUUGCGAAGAUCGAUGAGCAGAAACAGGAAGUGGAUACUUCCAAAUAUGCCGUAUUUGUCAACGUGCAACGGUUUUUGACGUGGAUCAGGGAGGUUAUGGCAGAAGAUGCACCGGAAACGGAACGGAGACCACAGCGUAUUAGUGAAAGAGAAUGUGACAGAUUCAAAGGGCUGGUGAAGAAACGUAGAAAUGGAAUUUGUGAAAAUGCCAGGCAUCCUCACACGGUUUUUGUUUCAUAUGGAGGAAAUAAAACAGAUUUUUGCACCGGUGUUCUAGUACACGAAAGCUACGUACUCUCCACUUGUUCCACAACACGUUCCAGUAUACCCAGAAUAGUUCAGAUCGAAGGUUAUGGCGAGAUAGAUAUUGAAGAGGUAAUAUGUCAUCCGCAGUACGAUCAAAUUGAAAAAACCAACGAUUUGGCCGUCUUCAAAUUGAAGGAGCCAGUGAAACUUGCAAGCAACUUUUUGCCGGCUUGUAUGGCGAACAGCCAGACCGAGAAUCUCUACGACGCACUCGUCCAAACUGCGUACAUGUGGUACAAAGUCAACGAAACAACGGGUCAGGCAAAGUUUUACGAAUCCGACGAAAAUCAACUCAUCGGAGGCAAACGGUGCGAAGUGCUGGCGGAUGAUCCGGACGUGUUGUGCUUGAAUAAUACCGAUCCACUGCGGACCGAAACGUACGGAUCAAUUGGGUCUCCCCUGCAAUCGCUCAACCGGCGAACUUGCAUGUCCACCAUUGUCGGUGUGAUGGCCUAUUUCGUGAAGGACCCUAACGACCCUGACGGUAAACCCGUGGUCGAUGGCUACGCGAGAAUCGUGCGUCACCUGGACUGGAUCGAGGGGGUGAUUUGGGGUGAAGAUGUCGUGGAAUCAUAGGGAGAUUGGACUGAUUAAACCAACAUUUCUAUUGGAGGAAGUAAACCUUGAUCCACGAA